UAUGUAACUUGUUCAACAUUUUUUGUAACUUUAUAUACACUAUAUACAUUACAUAUACAUUCUUAUAUAUUAUAUAUAAUGUAUGCAUAAUAUAUAUCCUUUGUAUAACUGUGGAUAAACAAUGUAUUCCUUGGGGGACCAAAAAAUUACCGCCAGAAAAUCAACCAUAACUAGGUCCACUGGCCAGAAAUCUUCUCCAGCUCCUUCCAACUCCGAAAUCCACCAGAUUUGAGGCUCUCUUUCAGUUUACUAUUGAGCCAGGCAGUGAAAAUCUCCUUGAUCGCCACUUCUCUGUCAUCGACUCGGUGGCACGCCUUCCACACCAUUGAGAAAGACACCGCCGCGAUUUGCUUUUUCAACCACAUAGCCCCUAACCUCAAAUCUCUCACAUCUGCUUAUCGAUUGAGCCAUAGCGCCUCAAAAAUCCCCAAACCCUGACAAUUUUGAGUAAUCAAAUCAAUAUUGAGAUUCUGACAUUUGCAGAACAAAGCAAUCCCUGAGUUCCGAAUUUCCAAAAACAAACAAGGUUAAGAAUAUUGGGGAAAUCGUAUUUAAGUUGAGCUCGCCGGAGAAUCGCGAUGAACUGAUAUGCCCAGUUCACAAUUUUGGGACUUCUGGAUAUUGCCCUACCAGAGCAUUAGCCGUUAAAACGAUCAUGCCACACAAAGUUACAAUAGAUGAGCAAGUCAGCCUGAUCGACGAUCGAAAAAGCACUCAGUUGUAUGGUGGUCAACUAGAAGAAGUGGGCAUGGUACGUGAACAGUAGAAAUUGAAAGUUGGCUAAAAUUUCGAUAAUUUAGAUUGCCGAAAGGUUACAUGGGUAAGAAGUGGGUGGUUGGGUUAAAAACGGCAAACUAGAUGCCUGACUGGUAUCUGUGUGUAAUUAUUUGUUGAUGAAAUUGCCCGAAUUUCCUUCAAAUGGCAGGUCUUUAAUUUUUACCCUUUAAAUGGGUUGGUCUUUAACUUUUGCCCUUUAGCAAUUUAACUUAUGUUUAGUGGAGCAUAAAUUUUUUUAAGGGGACAAUUCGUGCGGGACAUAACUUGUGGGAUAUUAUGAUGUGAAAAUAUAAACUUAUGUGCCGCGACCAAUUAAAGCAUUAAUUACUCCUAAUUAACAACUCGCUCCGUUUAUUUUUACUUGUCCACUUUUGACUUUGAACACCUCUUAAAAAUGAAUAAAUGAAGUAUGUAUUUUACCAUAAUACUCAUAUUUUUUGAUGUAUAGUCUCACUAAAUUUGGAAAGGAUUUGAAAAUAAGUAAUUAAUAUUAAGGGUAAAACAAGAAAAAAAGUUUGUCUUUCCUUAUACUAAAGUGAAAACUUAUUUUUAAUACAAUGGACAGGUAAAAGUGAUUAGUCGGUACUCCCUCCAUAUCAAAUUAUUUAUCGUCCUUACUAAAAAUACUUGUCUCAAAAUAUGUCAUUUUAUUUAUCCAAGAUAAAAUUAAGUAGCUUUUUUCCAUUUUACGCUUGUAUUAAUUACAUUAAUGACUGAUUUUGUGAGUUCAUAUGCCAACAUUUAAGGGGUUUCAUCGUUAUGAAAAAUGCCAUGAAUAUUUUGAGACGGAGGAGGGAGUAUAAGAUAGAGACAGUUGAGUCAUUUCCAACCAAUUACCAUCACUGAUCUUGCGUUAUAUGGGCGCAUGUAAUUAAUAACAGUGUUUUGACUUCCCUAUACUAUAACAUGAUAUGCUCCCAUGGAACAAAGAAGAAGACUCAAACUUCCUUUCUUCCUCUUCUCUUAUAAUUUUGUCCUAGUUUUAGCUCUGAAAAUCACGUAAUAUAAUUCCAAGAAUAUACCGCUUGUGUGUGGGGUAGUUAAUGUUUUCUCCACCUGUUCACUCUUCCUCUCUCUAAAAAAGAUUACAUUAUAUUUUUGUUCUCCAUUCUCUCAAAAAAUGAUUCUUAAAGUGGUAUAUGAUCAGCUUUCUCUUUGUUGAUUCAUACCCACUAUUUGUUUAUGUUUUUGUGUCAUUUACGUUAUCUUCUUGAAAAAAAUUAUGAUCCACAUUUGAUACUAGUAGUAUAUAUGUGGAAUAAAACAAAUAUUUAUGUUGUAAAUUAAGAAGAGAUGAGGGGAUGAGCUUUCUCUUUGUUCAUUUAUACCAACUAUUUGUUUAUGAUUUUGAGUCAUUUACAUUAUUUUCUUGGAAAAAGAUAGUAUGAUCUACAUUUGAUACUAGUAGUAUUAAUAUAUGUGGGAUGAAUAAAGAUUUAUGAAAGAAUUGUUGUAAGUUAAGAAGAGAUAAUGGGGGGAUGUGUAUCAAGGCCAGAUAGUUGUGUAGGAGGUAAAUUGAGAGGUACAAAGAAGUUUAGAAGAAGAAGAAGAAGAAGGAGGAAAGCCAACAAGAAAAGAGUAUUAUCUUCUAAUUUGUAUGAUAGGUCACUUGACAAGAUUGAUGAGUCAUUCCCUUUGGAUAACUACAACUUCAACAAUCCAACAUUUCAAGGAAGAAUUGAGGAGGCAUGGUUUGAUUCGGCUGCAAUAUUUGAAUCUGACUGCAGUGACAAAGAUUUCCAGAGUGUUCCUGAUGACACAAUUACUGCAGAUGUGCUUUCUCUCAACAGCUUUGAGGGUGGACGGACUAGUGUAGCUUCUAUCAAAGAUGCUAACCAUGAGGAACUAUUAAGCAAUCGUACUAGCAGCUGCGAAAGUUGCUCAGGUAGAACUGUCAAACCACCAGGCAGUUCGGUACAUCCAAAAGAAGUGGAUUCUCGAACAAAACUUGAAGAACCCCACAGUGAGAUCUCGUCCUCAGAAAAUGUAGGUAGUGAAAGGGAGGAUGGUUUGUUGGAGAACUGUGGAAUUCUUUCAAACAACUGUCUGCCCCGUCUUACCUCUACUGUUGUGCCAAUAGAGAAGAGAUCUCAUAGCUCUAGUCCUCCAAGUGCAAGGAAGAAAGCGGACCUAAAAAGUCCCUUCAAAUGGAAAGAAGGAAAUCCCUAUGCCACUCUACUUUCAUCUAAAACCGUGCUUGAAAGGCCCAUAGCUGGUAGCCAAGUACCAGUUAGCCCAUUGGAGAAGAAAUUGCCUGACAGUUGGUCUCAUAUUGAACCAAGUACCUUCAGGGUUCGGGGAGGAAACUAUUUUAGAGACAAAAAGAAAGAGUUUGCUGCAAAUCAUGCAGCAUAUUAUCCUUUUGGUGUUGAUGUAUUUUUAUCUCAAAGAAAGAUUGAUCAUAUUGCUCGACUUGUGGAACUUCCUGUCAUUGAACACUCUGAGACACUUCCAGCCAUUCUUGUAGUGAAUAUUCAGGUACCGUUAUAUCCUACUGCAAAUUUUCAGGGUGAAACUGAUGGUAAAGGAAUGAGUUUUGUCUUGUACUUUAAGCUUUCCGAAAGUUAUGCAAAGGAACUUCCUUCUCAUUUUCAAGAGAACAUCAGAAGGGUAAUGGAUGAUGAAGUGGAAAAAGUGAAGGCUUUUCCAGUAGAUGCUACUGUUCCCUACAGGGAACGGUUGAAGAUAUUAGGUCGUGUAGCAAAUCUGGAGGACCUUCGGUUAAGUGGAGCAGAGAGGAAGCUUAUGCAGGCCUACAACGAAAAACCUGUUCUUUCACGUCCUCAACAUGAGUUCUACAAGGGAGAAACUUAUUUUGAGAUUGAUAUAGAUAUGCACAGAUUCAGUUACAUAUCUAGGAAGGGUUGUGAAACAUUCCUAGAUAGGCUAAAGCUCUGUUCCUUGGAUGUAGGCCUCACAAUUCAGGGUAACAAAACUGAAGAAUUGCCGGAGCAGCUCUUAUGUUGUAUACGGUUAAAUGAAAUCGACUAUGAGAAUUAUCAGCAACUGGGGUUAAAAAUUGAGCCCCUUGAAUAGGUGCACAAAUAGUCCUGUACUCAACAGGAUAUGGCAUAUAAGUAAAGUUAUUGUUAGCUAGUUUUGUGUCCCUGCUGGUGGCUCCCUUUCCCCCAAAUUGUCAAAAUCUUCGGUGUCUCCAUUUAAAUGUGCUCUCUGGAGAGGCAAAUGGCAUAUCAAGUGAGCUCUAGAUAAUGCGUUUGAAUUUAUGGACAAGGCUGAGAAAAUAGUCAAUUGAGCGGGCCUUCCUCUUAGUUUCCAAGUUUCAUCAAGCAGUUGUCUGUUUAUUUUUAUUUUAAAUUUUUUGCUGCAACUUAUUCUUUUAGUGCUUCCUUUCUGAAAUGUAAAUAUGCUCAAAAUCCAGAAGGUAAAGAGAUCUUGAUCCCCCACUAUCAUUAAAAUAUGGGGAAGAUGAAGUCAAAAAGUUGCAGUCGCAGUUAGAUCCUUUGUAUUAGGUUGUUUCAAGAAAACUAUGUGAAGAAUAAAAAAUAUUGAAGUUCAAGGA